AUGAAUACCGACGCAACGAGAUUCAGAAGGAACCGGGCGCGUUUUAUUGAAGAGUAUGGACUGACGACUAUAGAAACAGACUACGGAUCACAGCAGAAUUUUGCGGACGCGCACAGAAUGUAUUUGGAGAAAGUACGACGACGGGACGCUGCUAGAGCACAACCACAAGAACACAGUGGUGUUAUUCAAUGGGUGGAAGUUGUACGAACAUCAAUCGUGUCCGAAGGAGGACCACCAGAAAUCAUCCCAUAUCCACGACCACAACAGCAACUACCACCAGAAUUGGAUACUUUGCAAUUUGAAGCAGCAAGUUUCAUGAGGCGAUUUCUUGCUGAAGUACUCGAUUUUUUGUUUGUGAUGAUGUUCAAACUGUUCGUGUUGGCAAUGCUCGUGGAAGUCGACCUUGUAGAUUUGUCUUCUUGGGGAGGGACACUGGAUGAUGAACAAGAUGUGAUGCAGGUUAUCAAUCUUGCUCAAGAACUUCUGCCAGUGGAAAUCGCGUGUAAAUUUAUUUGCUGUAUAUUGGAAGGAGUGUUCAUGUCGUACAGGAUUGGUGUAAUAGGAAUUGGACAGACACCCGGAAAAUUCAUGUUGGGAAUACGAGUGAUUUCUUGCCACGAUGUCCUUGCCGCCGAUAUUCCCGGUCACAUAAUUGUCCAAGGUCCGAACUUGAUUUCACUGCAGCAAUCUCUGAAACGAUCCUUUAUGAAAAAUGUGGUGGUCAACAGCCUGUUUCCAUUGAGCACUGCUGCUUUCCAAGUUCACAAUGGACGUGUUUUCUACGAUGUGGUUGUUAGAACAGUGGUUGUAAUGGAGCUUUGA